UUCAGUAACCUGUGCCACGAGCAGAGCGGGAUGUACUCACCAACCAUCUGCUUGCAUGGCACGGGUUAACUGAGCCUGUGGGAUUGUGCUUACCUAAACAAAACCACUGCAGUGAGGGGAAAAACAAUGAAUGGGUGGAGAUGAUCAGCCCAUGCAUUCCAGCUAGUGCAGUCCAGGCAGCAAUGACAGCCUGAAGGUUGCAGCAGCAUCGGGAUCAGCAUUCCAAGUGCACCAAUCUUACAGUCUGGAGUGAUUUUACGUGGAGCUGUUCUUUAUUUGCUGAGCCAUGGCCAGUAACCAGGCCAGCCUGCAGGAUGAUCAGAGCAGGCACUGCAAGUUCUUAUCCUACAUGUUCUAUCAGGCUGUGAGAGAUCACAAGCCUGUGUGGAUGCUGGAAGACAUGAGAACUAUGGAGUAUUUUUACUGGGAGGAAAAUGCUAGCCUACGAACGUACUCACCUUCAGAAGCCCUUCUCUAUGCAGUGGUGCAUAAUCACCUGCCUUAUGCUCAGUAUCUGCUGUCUCAUUUUCCAGAGGAGGCUCUCAAGGUGCCUGGGGAACACUUCUGCUAUUGCCCAUCCUCUGCUCCUCACCUGGCCAUGGCGGUCACAUAUGACAGGAGAGAUAUCUUGGGACUGAUCAUCAAAAUUGCACACAAGCUCCCCAGCUUGAACUCCUAUAUCAAUAGGGCUGGCUGCUUUCAUCUGGAAGAUGGGAAAACACCCCUGCACCUUGCCUGCGAACUGCUGAGGUCAGAGACGGUCCUCAUCCUCCUCGGGAACGGAGCAUCUCCCAGGAUAGAGGACAGCAAAGGGCUGACCCCGCUGGACGUCAUCCUGGAGCAGAUGUGGGACUCCAAAGUCAAUGUCGCAUCAAAGAAGCUCUGCCUCGACUACCUCUUGCUCUUCAUGCCCAACCCACAGUUUAAGAUGCGGAAAGUUCUGCAGGAGCAUCCAGACCACUGGACAGCUUUGCUGGGAGAAGACAAAUUCAACAGCCUGGUGGGGAACACACCUGCUUCUUUAUAUCUGCAAGCUAUGCAAACUAUUCUCCAGACUCUUCCCCCUUCCCACUUCCCUAAAAGCGUCCAGGAACUACCUAUACCUCAGGCACUAAAGCCUUUACCAUCCUAUGGCAAAAAGCUACCAGCAAAAAACGUGGUAAAUGUUUUUCCUUGACUUUAUUCAAUGGGUCUUGGAUUUUCCAAGGCAGCUUAGAGGAGCUGGUUAUCCACCACCCUCUGCAUUUUAGUGUGAUUUUAGUACUUAACCUAUUAAGCUAUGCUGGAAAAUCCAAUAUUUUGUGACGAGAUUUUAAAUGUCUUUUCUAACUGAUUGCAGGCACGGCACUUUUAAAGGCAAAAGCCUUCCUUGUUUUCUGUUUUGUUGUGCAUGUGAAGGGUUAACUGUAGUUGAGACUGUGUAAUGUUUGGUUUCUUAGUUGUCAGCUGGUAUCAGUGUAUCUGAAUUCCCAAUAUGAUAACUGUAUCCUGUGUAAUGCACCUUGGUUAAAAGGAACUACGUACCCAGUGGGAUUUUUAAAUGGUGUCACUGCUAGAACUGGGAGGAAUACCAUCCCCUGCCAACAAGGUUCAAACAUCAAGUUUCCUUUCUAACAAUGCUCAAGCAUCAUUAGUAAUAACCACAAAGUGCAUGGCUGAUGCUGCAGGGAUGCAGAGGCAGUUCCUGCAGGAUAACUGAUCCUACGGAGUUACUUUACAGCAGGUCAUGGUGUGGAGGGCACGAGUUCAGAGAGGGGCAGUGUGUAUAUAUUCCUGGGGGAUGGGAGAUAAAGAUCCACAGAAUAUCUGAUGGGAAGCAUCCAGUCUCACCUGGGAGCGAGGGGGUUAAAGGCAAUCCCAGCCCUGAUGCCUCUACAGACUUGUGCAAUGGGGAAGGAACCAUUUUCCCCAAUGUCCAGUAAACAAAUGGCAAUUGGAGCAGGGACAUUGGGAGCCCUAUCUUUCACAUGUGGCAUUAUUUCUCCUUGGCCUGUGUUUUGGAACAUAUCUCUACAGGAGAUUAACUGGCUAACUUGAUUUCCCUGUGGGUCUCAGAGCCAUAGGCAUUUGUUACUUAUCCUAAGCUGGGGUAUGAUGUUCUGCUGUUAAAAGCUGUUACUUGUUGUCGGUUUUAGAGUAUUUUUGCCACACAGAUCCAGACAGAAAUCCUUAUUCUGGAAGCUACAAAAUGUUCCCACUAACUGGGCACUGCAGGCAGGGUGAGCUUGCAGAAAGCAGGGCUGGUUCUGGGCAGCUUUCAGGGUAGCUCUGAAUAACUCUGCCCUCUCUGCUCAAGGCACUGGUCCUGCUCUUCUGGCUGUUCUCAGCAUCUAUAGAGCAGUGACAGAAUCCCAUCUCCCUUUGGGGGACAUCCCUUAUUUUGGAUACCAGUGUUCCCCACUCCUUGUAAGUGCAACUCUCUGUUCUGCUGGAGUAGUACAACUCACUUCCCCUGCCUGCACUGGGCAGCAGUGGAGAACUCACUCUCCUCUUGGGCUGGAUUUGGAGCCCAAGGCUGUGGGGCACAAACCACUUUCCACAGCAGUAGCUAAGAAUGAUGUGCAGUCAAAUCUCAAUUACUUUGUGCAAAAAUGGCUCAUGUUUCACCUGGCUAAUUCCCUGCCUGAACCAAGGAGGCUGUGCUGGACCUGCUCCCGUCUUUCUGUCAGUGCAGGGAGCACUUCCAUUUAGUUUCCCUCUGCAUGGGCUACCUCCUGUGUGCCAGGACACUGGCAAUGCCAGCCAUGGCCAGGUGGAGAUUUACUAUGUGGCUGCAGAACAUGCCACCCACAGCCACCUGGACCAUCCUUUCUGAGACACUGGGAUGCUCCUCCCAGCCAUCUCCUCCCGCAUGCUGUGGGAGGACCUCAGUUCCAGUGCCACCUGUGCUAGGCCAGGUGAAUGAGAAGCCUUGCUUGUGAGGUGGAGAAAAUGUCAGUCCAGCCCCAAAAGUGGCAAGCAGGCCAUGAAGGGGUUAACCCUUCUCCUGAAAUCCCACAUCUCUGGUGCUGCAGUGUCCCUCCACUCCUGCCCCUGGGGACUUAAAUGUCCUUCUCCAUCUGUGUCUAUUCCUCCUUGUUCGAUGGGGAAGGCUGCGAAUGGGGAAAUGCAGGGUCAGCGUUGGGUGAGAGUUUUGGGGGAAGCCUGUGCUUG